UUAACUGUACGUCAGUUUUUGAUAAGCAAGUUACUUCGGGUGCGACAAAACAUAAUUUGUAUUUUAAUUGAUUUGUUUAUAAUCCAUCAUGAUUGAUAAACUCCAGGUAUUACUGGUGGUUGUAACAGUGUUGGGAAUAUGUAGUAGUGUAGAAGAUAAAGGAAACAAUUAUGUUGCGGAAAAUAUUGGUAGACCAGGAUGUAUGCAGCUGCCAGCAAAAUGUGAAUUGCUGUGCCCCUAUGGAAAAGAUGUUGACAUGAAUGGAUGCCCCACCUGCAGUUGUAGGGACUUGCCAAAAGAGUAUCAAGUGAACUUCGCAUGUCCUAUGCCCAUGUGCUCCACACGCUGCAAAUUUGGCCGUAAAGUAAAUGAUAUGGGAUGCGAGACUUGUACUUGUUUGAAAAGUUCCACCAUACCAUAGAAGACAAUGAACUGAAUUUCAAGAUGCUGACCGAUACUUAUCACCACCAAGCUGAAAGAAAACACAUCUGUGUAUAAAGUGCUAACCCAUUUCCACAGAAACCAAAAAAAUACAUAUUACAGUAUAUUGUCAUUUGUAUUGGCAUCCUGCAUGAUAAAAUGUCAUUUAGCAUAGUUCUUGUAUGCAAUAUGAAACAGUAAAACAAUUUUUUUUAAGUUUGUAUUAAAAUGAGUAGCUUGAGUUGAAACAAAUGUUCUUUACUACCAUUACAUUUUGUACAUGAUGUUAUUUAUUGAAACAAAAUUGACUUGCCUGAUUUUAUAAAACUGUUGUAUAUGUUCUGUUGUAAAUUGUUAAUGUAAAAUGUUUGAGUUUGCUUUUCCAAGAUGUGACUGACAGACAAUGCUAUUCUUUGUUUACAUAAUCAAUUAAAAUAAAUAAUCAUUGGACAAAUCACAGGUACAUGGCACAAUAUUUGAAAGUAUGAAAAGGGACUAAAAGUGUUUUUCUACAGUGUAAUCACUAAACAGCAAGCACAAUAGUUAAAUAUUUACAGUAUUGACAAAUAGAUAAACAGUACACCUCUUCAUGUGUGACCAUUGUAUGAUCAUAUAUACAUUUAGCAUGUACUGUAUAAGCUAACAUUACAUUAUUACAGUAUUAUACUGUUAUUUUGAUAAUUGUUACUUCACGUUGUUAAUGAUUUCAUAUAAUUUGUAACACAUUUUAGGUUUCUUAUUAAUAUUCCAAUACAGUACGUUGUUAUAGUAAUUUUGUUCAGCUGCAGUAUGUAUCUCUUAGUAAAACAAUUUAGAAUUAUAUUUGAUAUAUUUUUACAAAAAUAAUUUACAUGACAUUGUUAUUGCCAAAUAAAAUAUCAAUGUGACA